AUGCCGCCACGGGAAGGGGCGGGAAGAGGGGCACUGGAUUCUUCGAAAUUGCCCAUGGAAGACGGCGACCGUAUAAUGCUACAACAACGAAAACUUCAUGAUGCGCUUCUGUUACGCGGGCAGAACGAGCGAGGGCCGGGGUCUAGCGCGUUUACUCACCGUGAAGACGCGGAUGCAGAGUUAAACUCAAGCACGGCUGCAGAGAUUUAUAAAUCCACGGCGACGCACAUGUGCCUCUCGCAUGAAGGUCUCAGACUAACCUCAGGUACAGCUACAGCAUUAGUCAGAGAGUAUGAGUACAAAUCACACCCAAUGGAACUGAGAAGGGAAAGUCAAGAGGAGCGGAAGUUUUCAUAUCGUGGUGGUCAAUCUUCUCGACUUUCGAAUAGGCACGUCGCACGAAAGGAAGGAUAUGGUUGUUCAACCGUAUCAACUCUGGCCACGCUGGUGGCACGACCUCAGGCUCUAGGUCUAGCCGCUGGCUGUAACAGUCACCUUUCUGGCUCUAGGAGUGAGCGGAGGUCACCAACGUUCUCGACACGCAUGUUGAGUAUUCAGACUCAGACUCAGGCCACUCCGGCUGUGCUCGAGAUGGUGGAGCAAGCUGAAACCUUCCCUACCUACACUACAGUCCCGACGCCGGCCCAAAGCGAGGACAUCCUCCUUUCGGAAAGAUUUAGACCCACAGCUACACAGAUCCCGACGUUUGUAGGCAUCGUGCCAGGAACACCACGAUCGAGUGUCAAACCAUCGCCAACCUUCAUUUCGAUUUCCAUCCCUAUCACUGCGUCCCCGACUGCCUUCAUCGCGCGCAACCCUCCCCUCUCAAAACAAACACCGUCAUCGUACGCCACCUCGUCCACCGCUCUCUCCACGCCAUCACCUCCAUCGCUCCCGGUAACUUUCCCAGUACCACAACCCUCCACCGGUCAUCAAUCCCUUCUCAAAAUUUCCCCUCCAACAUUCCUCUACCCAUCACCAUUUCCGUACCCACCGUAUCCGCAUCCGUACUUCCCCAACAUCUACACACAUAUCAACACCAGUCUCAAUAUGAAUACCUCCUACCCAUAUUCCCCCUACGCGCCAAGUAUUUCCCCGCGACUGGAAUACGAAUAUCGGUAUUUACCGGUAGGGUAUAAAGUCUUGCUCUAUUGUACGCUAGCUUUGAUGACCGCCUGGACUGUUCUCAUCUACUUCGUUAAUUUCCCGCCGGAGUGGUUUGUGGGUGCGACACCGGGUCAGCGUCAGCGUCAGCGUCAGCUUCAGCGUCAGAAGGUCCGCAGGAAGAAGAGUGGGAAGUCUGGAUCAACACCAGUAUUAGGAUCUGGAGCCGCGUGGUACGUGCGUUGGAUUCCAGAUGUUUUAGUGAGGAGAAUUGGCAUUGGAGAGGGGCGGAGUGGAAGAAGCGGGAGCAAGAUUAAACCAAUUGAUAAACCGUCAAAAUAUAUUCGCGUACCAAGUGCUGAGCGCGAGCCAAGUUCUGCCCUCACGACGGGGGUCUGGAAUGAGGAUGGGAAUGGAGGAGAGAAGCAAUGCGGGGAUGGGAAUCGGGGUAUCGAACUUAGGGUCAGGAUAAAGAAACCGUUUCCUACAACAACAGCAACACUAUCUGCAUCGACAUCGGCAGCAAAAUCGACAUACCGACCAUGCUCUUCUAGUCCCCAACCCGUUUCCCCUGCACCGCCAUUGUCUGCAUCAGCAGCAACAUCUGCAAGAGGCCAACGACCACGGCCUCACUUCAGUGUCUCAACUUCUAAUAAGCCGGGCCCCACAGCCGUGGUUCAGGACUUAGAACGAGACGCCGGUUCCUACUACAGUUACCUCAGCCAUCACCACUCAUCAAACUUCUCAUCCCCAUCACCAUCUCCAAGCUCCCGUCCUCCCUCGCCCAACAACCCCUUCCUCCUGCCCAAUUCACCAAACGCCUACCUCCGACCCCGAACAUCUGCAGAGUGGUUCACCGAACGCUCCGCCUUCCUCGCCAGCUCUGGCUCAGGAGCAGGAGCAGGAGAAGGAUCUAUGACACCCCCGCUGUCAGACCGCUCCGAUACUUCCGCUUCAUCACCCGUCUACGAUGACGCCGAAGCAUUAGAGGCCCAAACUCCGAUCUCACGGUCUUUCAGCGGGAGAUCGAUUUUUUCGCUGGGGCGAUAUUUAGGCGCCGACGGCCAUAAAGACCGCGACCGAGGAGGAGGACGGGGAAGAAGAGGAGAAAAAGAAGGGACAGGGGGAGAACCAAAUGGGGCAGUGGGAAAUGGAGGGUGGCUAGGAAGAGUAGACAGCGCAGUAACGCGCAUAUGUGAUGCUGUUGCGAAGUGGACUGAGGAGGAGAGGGACGAGUUUUUGUUGCCGAUUUGUAGUGAGAAGGGAGGGAAGGUGGAAUAA